GACUAUGUAUUUCGCAAGUAUUCUGCCAGUAAAUGUCUGACGGAUUCCGAUUUUUUGCAAUUGUUUGGUUAUAAAGCAGUAAAUAAAUGAAAUAAGCCAAAUUGACAAACAAAAUUACAGUAAUAACUUUCGUUAUCAUUAGAUGUUCUUUAUUUAAUUAAAGGGACACAAUCACCAUGACUACGGCAGCUGUGUAUAAUUACAUGAAAAUGCAAAAUAGACCUUACAGCGUGAAUGAUGUAGUCAUGAAUUUACUUAAUGAACACAGUAAAACUGCAGUUCAAAAGGCUAUGGAUGAAUUGGUGAAAAAAGGAAAAUUGUUCGAAAAAGUUUAUGGUAAACAGAAAAUAUAUUGUCUUGUGCAAGAUUCACAGUAUGAUACUGAUGAGUUAAUGAGGAUUGACAAGGAAUUACAAAGUCAUGCCAGUGAAGUCGAAACUAAAUAUCAGGAAGUCAUGAAAGAAGUGAAAGAACAAGAGACACUUUUAGCUUCUCUAAAGUCAAGUUUAACACUGGAAGAUGCUCAAAAAGAAAAAAGUACUCUGCAGGAAAAUGUAAAGCAGUUAACACAUAAAUUGGAUAAAUUGAUGGAAAAAAGUGGUUCUGAAGAUUUGCAAGAGUCUAAACGAAAGGCACAAGAGAAUCUAGAUGAAUACUCACGCGAAUAUUUAAAAAGAAAAAAGAUAUGCGUUGAAAUAUUAGAUUGCAUUUUGGAAAGUUAUCCUGGUAACAAAGAUGAGCUUUAUGAGGAAAUAGGCAUUGAUUCAACGACUGUGUAA